AUGCCACCAUCAAGCGUCCGCGCAUGGGUGCUGGCCAUUGUGGCCGCACUCGCUGCUGUGAGCCCAACUGAGGCCUGCGGCCAUCACCGUCACGGCCACGACGACACACCAUUCUCCAAGGAGUACCUCGACGAGCUUCAACGCAAAUGGGGCAGCGAGUGGUCCUUUAACGGCAUCGGCUCCUUUGGGCACCUCGAAUACGCGAAAUGCCUCACGAACCCGGAGGAACUCUACGAUAUUGCAAUUAUCGGGGCCCCUUUUGACACGGCCGUGUCCUACCGGCCUGGCGCGCGAUUUGGGCCCCGUGCCAUCCGCCAAGCCUCUAGUCGGCAGACGGCCCUUCGCGGCUUCAACCAGCGAGCAGGCAUCAACCCCUACCGCAGCUGGGCGCGCAUCCUCGACUGCGGCGACAUCCCCAUUACGCCCAUGGACAACGUGGUGGCUGUGCAGCAGAUGUCCGAAGCAUUUGUGGAGCUCGGCAAGCGGCCGCCGGCGUCGGCUACGGUCCUGCAGCGACCGAAGCUGAUCACGCUGGGCGGUGACCACAGUCUGGCCCUGCCGGCCCUGCGGGCUCUACAUGCCGCAUAUGGGCAGCUGCGGGUGAUUCAUUUUGAUGCCCACUUGGAUACGUGGCACCCUGACAAGUACCCGUCGGCGUGGCCGUCGGAGCAGUCGCGUUACAACCACGGCUCCAUGUUCUGGGUCGCCGGCCAGGAGGGCCUGCUCACGAACGCGACCGGUGCGCCCUCUGUGCACGCCGGCCUGCGCACACGACUCACCGGCGACGACUUUGCCGACUACUACGACGACGACCGGCAGAACUGGGUGCGCCUGAGCGCCGAUGAUCUGGACGACAUGGGCGGCGCCAAUGCUGUGCUCGCAGCCAUCCUCGCAGCCAUUGGCGACAACGACGAUCCGGUCUACCUCUCCGUCGACAUUGACGUGCUGGACCCGGCGUUUGCGCCCGGCACCGGCACGCCCGAGCCUGGCGGCUGGACCACGCGUGAGUUGAUUCGGAUCCUGCGGGGACUCGAGGGGCUCAACAUUGUGGGUGCGGAUGUGGUCGAGGUGGCACCGGCCUACCAGGGCCCCGGCGAGGAGACGGCGCUGGCGGCAGCGCAGGUGGUCUACGAAAUCAUGAGUUCGAUGGUGAAGCGUGGUAUGGCAGGCAUGGGCAAAGAGGGCCUCGUGUAUGAGAAGACGGCGGCAGAGUCUGGGUCGUCUAAGCCGUCCAAGAAGGAGCGCAUUGUGGACGAGCUGUGA